AUGACUACAAUGUUCUUGCGACCAAUAACCACGCUUCUACUCCUCCCACCUCGCACAUGGGGUGCACGCAACAUCUACAAAUUGUAUCAGAAUUAUAUUUCACCCAAAAAGAUCGGUGUACCCAUCAUUAUUCUCCCACUGAGUCCCCAAAAUCCAAUAUGGAUGCUACUUGCAGAUAUCAUCGUUCCUCUCUUCCAGAAACUCAGUAUUACUCGUUCGUGGCCAUUGAUCAGGUUCGGGAGAAGAGCAUGGGGAUUCAAGGAUAAAGCACAGAUUCAUUUGGAAAUCGGAGACAUUUUUAUUAUGGUUACGGCGGAUAAGAAUGUUUUGUAUAUUUAUGAUGCUGAUACUUUGAAUGAGGUGCUACUGAGACGAAAUGAAUUCAAGAGGCCAAGAGAGGUUCUUGAGAUGUUGAAUGUGUUUGGACCAAAUAUCUCUACGGUAUCAGAGGAAGACUAGCCUCGACACAAAAAAGCCACAGGUCCACCUUUCAGCAACGAGCAAACCAACAACCUGGUAUGGCAAGAAGUGCUUCGACAAAGUCAAGAAAUGAUGCAUUAUUGGAUUGUCCAGGGGAAAUUGGGACUUCGAACUACCGCCGAAGAUGCCAAAACCUUCUCGCUCAACAUCCUGACGAGUGCUGGAUUUGGCAAAAUAUCUAAGCCCAAUUUGAUGACAUCUCUGAUCCGAGCCUCGCAGUUCAGUUCUGAACUUAAGACUGGCGAUAUGGAUCCUAGGAGAUAUGAUACGGUAUCCCAUCCGCUUUGCUAUGCGCUGAAUCUCCUUGCUGCUCAUCCUACUGUGCAGGAUUGGAUUUUUGAAGAGGUGAACGCGGUGAUUCUGUCUUCGGAUUCUUCUACUUGGGAUUAUGCAGACUCUUUUCCUAAACUAAAACGUUUUAGAGACGCUCCAUUUUUACCACCCUCUAGUUACAUUCACGAAAUCAACAAGAGAUCUUCCAAGAAAUCUUCCAAGAACCCUCACAUAUGGUUCUAA